GGAGAGAGAGGGAGAAGAGGGGAGUCCUGGUUUUGGUGGUCUCAGAUGAAUUAUGGCUCCCAGGAGGAUGGAAACCAAACCGGCGAUCUUCUGCCUGAAGACUCUGCUGCUGCUCUACUCCUUCAUCUUCUGGGUGACAGGAGUGGUGCUGCUGGCAGUAGGGUUAUGGUGGAAGUUCAUGCUGGGUCCCUACAUGUUGCUGAUCUCUAGCAGUCCCUCCAACGCUCCCUACGUUCUCAGCGGCACCGGAGCCGCCAUCGUGCUGUUCGGGCUGUUUGGUUGCUUCGCCGCUUGCAGGGGGCGCCCCUGGAUGUUGAAACUGUACGCUGUGUUUCUGUCUCUGGUCUUCAUGACUGAACUCAUUGCGGGGAUCUCUGGAUUCGUCUUUCGUCAUGAGAUUAAAGGGACCUUCCUCACUGCGUACAGUGCAGCAGUGAUGAGAUAUGACGGACGCGAUGACAGGAGUCUGGCUGUAGACGGCGUCCAACGCAGAUUACACUGCUGUGGAGUUUAUAAUUACACCAGCUGGUUCAGCAGUGUGUAUUUUCCCAUCAGUGGGAUUCCUACCAGCUGCUGUGUUCACAUCUCUGACUGCAGUGAAGCAGACCUGAAGAACGCCACUCUGGCAGCACAGAAAGUCUACAAAGAGGGUUGCUAUGAGCUGGUUGUGUCCUUUAUAGAGAGCAACAUGGGAAUCAUUGCUGGAGUUACCUUUGGCAUUGCCUUCUCUCAGCUGGUAGGUGUAACCCUGGCCUGCUGUUUGUCUCACAUCAUCAACACCAACCAGUACGAGAUGGUCUAAGAGGAAAGCGAUGAAGAUGUAAAUCACCAUGGAAACCUUAGGAAACACACACACACACAAACACACACCGUUCCCAUUCCUCUUGUAUUUAUUUUGUCUUGCUGUGAAAGACUGAAAUUUUACCCCGUAGUGCUCUCUUUGUGUUGUUUGGUUCUCUUUUUGUUUGUGCGAGGCUCAGGUCCUGAAAACCUGCUCUCUGUAACAACCAUAUACAGAAAGUCCCCUUUAGGGGACCACAACACUUGAACAAUUAAAGGACUUUCACUUUUUCCAGUUAAAGUUAAAGGUUCGUUGUGUAACAGUGUACUGUGCUUGAACAAUGUGUCAUUCAUGUUUCAUAUUUUGUGUACUGUGAUAUGACAGAUUUUAUAUUUCUGUUUUCUGUAUAAGUUCACUGACGACUGUUUGAGACGUGAGAUGUUUUCUGAAAAUAAAUGAGGCUGUGUGUUGUGACCAUCCAUCCGACCAUCCAUCCAUCCGACCAUCCAUCCAUCCAUCCAUCCAUCCUCUAUAAGCAUAAACCCAAAUUCAGUAACAAGUGUGACACAACCAGGAAAAACCAACGGGCCUCUUCUGUAGUUACUUGUUGCUAACACUGGGUUGGAUCCUCUUUGUGCCCUCAGAGCUGCUUUAAUUCUUAUUUGCACAGAUUCAACAAAGUGCUGGAAACAUUCCUCAGAGGUUUUGG